AUGCUAUUUUCCAAGAAUAGAGAUCCAGUGCUUCUGCGCCGGACUUACGGCUCGACUGCCUCUUCGGAAGGGCUGUUAGAAAGCAGUGUUGCCAGUAUUGGCGCAUUCAAUGCCAGUCCUCUCAAUACAAGUUUAAGGUCAGGUCUGGGCUUCAGAAAUGUCUGUCCCAAUGGUGGUGUGGUAACAUUCGAGUUGAUCACCGGCCAGGUAUUCACGGCGCCGUCCGACACGGUCACAAUGUUACCCGGGAUACUGCACCUGACGGAGUGUCUGCAGUGGUGUCUGUCCAACGACACGUGCAAAUCAGUUAACUUUGAGACGGGAUUAUGUGUUUUGUUGAGCUCUUCAGCCAACGAAAGGCCCGAAGCGCUCACAUCGUCUCAGUUCCCAAAUACAGACAAAAGCAAGUCCUGUACUCAGGGCUGGGCCUUCGAGAGAGUGAAUGGGUUUGAGUUGAAAAGAAUGGGCAAAAAGAGUGUAAAAGUGAUGUCAAGACUGGAGUGCAUGCAGUUGUGUCUCAAUGAACGCGACUUCGAGUGCCGGUCCGUCAACUUCGACACCAUUGGCCACGAGUGCUCCCUAUCCGAUAUGGACAGACACACCAUCAACAUUAACAAUGAGCUGAGGUCUAGAAAAUAUGGACCGUCUUCUGGCACUAUAGACUAUUUGGAGAACAAUUGUAUUCAAGAGCCAAAAAAGUUGUGCGAUAUUCGACCCAUUAAUGGGAAGAUCUUGAAAACUGUUGACUCGGUCUAUGAAAAUGUGAAGACUAUAGAGGAGUGCAAAGAGAAGUGUCUGAACAGUCCCUAUCGGUGCCAUUCAUUUGAUUUCGGAGACCCAUCUAAUAGU